GCCUUUAAAAUAAGCGGCGAUCAUUAAUGAUUUCCCUCAAACCCCAACGCUUCCAAGUUUUCGAAUUGUGGAGCACAGCGGGAACAAACAAUGGACGGGCGAAAUUCGAAUGAGUUGAAGCCAAACACUGCUGAUAUGUCUAUUUUUGUGCAAGAUCUUCUUCAACAAAUGCAAACCAGGUUUCAAACAAUGUCUGAUUCCAUUAUUGCAAAGAUUGAUGAAAUGGGAGACCGUAUCCUAAAAGCAGAGAUAGGCGUGGAUGGCUCGCCUUCCCCUUUACACCAUCAAAGCAAAAGUCAGACUCCGCAAAGCAAUAGAAUGGCUCAGCAUAAAACUUGGCCAAAGAUUGUGUUUAGCAGUUGAUUGUGUGAUUGUAAUUAGGUGAUAUCUUGUUUCGAUGGAGACUACUUUGGCAAGCGAGAGUAGGGACAUUACUAUGUGUCCCUCUUUUCCAGUUUUUCUUUUCUUCUGUGCACUGUGUUGUUUGGCAAUUUGUAGAGGGAAAUAAUGAAUAUGAAGUGGUUUCUGUGCACUACCAGGUGCAAUUUAUGUUUGCUCAUUAAACUUAAUGCGUGAGCAAUCCCAGAUCUUUGAAAUGCUACAUGAAGUUAAAGAGAUAAUGACUAAAGUUGGCUUUCUGAAGAUGAUCUGUC